CUGCAGGGAAUUCGUUUUACAGACAUGGUUGAACCUCCAGUCGUGGCAGGAACCAAGUUGGUCAUGGAGGGCUUGACACUGCCAGUUGAGACAGUUGAACAAACAGUAGAAGUUGAGGAACAACCAAUACUUACAGGUGAACAAUACAUGGAAACGGAUGAACAAUACAUGGAAACUUAUGAACAACCAAUGGAGACUGGGUUACAACCAGUGGUAACUGAAGAACAACCAAUGGAGACUGGGUUACAACCAGUGGCAACUGAAGAACAACCAAUGAGUGAACUGCUACUUGUCACAGAAGAGGCUUCUGAGUGUGUCUCAGACCCCACUGCUUCUACGGAGAUCAUUCUUGAACUAUCCGCUGUUCCUCUAGAGUCUGCUGCUCCUGAAGAGUGGGAACUGGGCCAACCUGAGGAUGCACAGAAGGCGACCCAUGUGGAUGACGUGGCCGCUAGUGACAGAAAAAAUAUUCCCCCCCAAGAAGAACAGAAUGGAGCCACUCAAGAUGGACAUGUCCAGGCUGCCAAAAAUGGUGACUCCGCUCACAUCUUCCCAGAUCUCUAUGCAGUGCCUGGAGUGUCACAUCAUCUUCAGCGACCACAAGAGCAAAGAGCGCCACCUCAAGCAGAGUCACCCGGCAGAGUAUGAGCAAUGCAUGCUGGGGGAUGCCCUGUUUGCCUGCUACGUCUGUGACCGCCAAUUCACUAACUCCAGUGACCUCAUGCUUCAUCAGCGUGCACACACGGAAAAGACACCCUUCAAGUGCCCCAUCUGUGGUGAGGCCUUUAGCCGUUCCUCUGAGCUCACCCUCCAUAAGAAGCUUCACUUCGGCCUGUACGGAUACACCUGCGCAGACUGUGGAAAACCCUGCAAGACACUCACCUUACUGAAGUAUCACCGCCGCACGCACACAGGGGAGAGGCCCUAUGUCUGUAAGGAGUGUGGCAAGAGGUUUAGCAUGUCCAAGGCCCUCCAGAAACACGCACUAGCGCAUUUGCCGGAAGGAAUGAAAGGAGACGUUGGAGGGAUCACACCACCGAUGAAGUCACAGCUAAAGAAGAAUAGUG